CAGCGCAUGCGCGAAUUCAAGGUGAAUCUCGCAUGGGGGAGUUUAGCUGCUACGGUCGCGGUAAAUCUAGUUUUUAAUGAGUUCGGUUACCAUAAACAUCUUGAAGAGUAAUAAAACAUCGCGUGCCGCUAUCUGAUAGAAGUCUAAUGUCUUUGUAUUUCGGUGUUGUGUAUGUGAAUGAACGCUAAUUAUCGCUGCCAUCUCCUUUGAACUUUAUAACGUUAGAAACAGACCGGUACACUGCAAGACAGCAGACCCUCCACCAUGGCCAGGGUGCUGUGCAGCAAAGCCAGGCUGGUCACAUAUCUCCCAGGGUUCCAUGUGUUGCUGCGCCGUGUGGCUGGAGCCAGAGCCUUCUCUACUGCUGGGUCCAUCUCGGCCACCCCCCCCUCUGACAUGGCCUCAGGGCUGCAGACGGUGUGGCCUGACGACAGCAUGGGGCCGUUUGGACCCCAGGACCAGCGCUUCCAGCUGCCCGGUAACGUGGGCUUUGACUGCCACCUGGAAGGAUUAGCCGAGCAGAAAAGGAGCCUGGCGCACAAGACGCUCCCUGACGUGCUGUCCUCCCCGUCCAGCAGCGAGAGACACGAGUUCAUCCUGGCCCAGUUCAUCCCAGAGUUCUUAGCGAAAGAUGAGCCAGCCUCGUCUCCUAAUCCAGCUGACCAGUACUUUGACGUCUCCAGUCUGGAGUGUGCCGUUCAGUCGUGCCCUGAACUACUAAAGCAAGAUUUCCAGUCCAUGUUUCCUGAGGCGCCGUCGUCUGGGAUGAUGGUUGUCACGGUGACCCAGAAGAGCCAGAACGAUAUGACAGCAUGGAGCGCCGAGGUGGAACAGGAGAGGGAACACAUGCUCGGCAAGUUUGUUGAUGGUGCGAAGGAGAUCUGCUGCGCUCUGCAGAGAGAAGGAUUCUGGGCCGACUUCAUCGAGCCAUCCUCUGGCCUGGCGUUCUUCGGCUCGUACACCAACAACACACUGUUUGAGACGGAUGAGCGCUACCGCCACCUGGGCUUUCAGAUCGAGGACCUGGGCUGCUGCAGAGUGAUCCGACACUCUGUGUGGGGGACACACGUGUUUGUGGGGACAAUAUUCACCAACGCACCACCCAGCAGCCCUGUUAUGAAGACGCUGCAGGGCAGCUGA